CAACGCACUGCAAAGCCCGGGCUUGGAGGAGCAUGGAGGAAAAUGAGGACAGACAGCAGAGCCAGUUGAAUGUCCCAACCAGAUAACUUAUGUGGAGGAGCUUGCUGCUGAGGGGCACCGCCUGUGUCAGGCAGGUGGCAGCCCCAAAGUUUCUCCACCAGAGACACUUCCCACCCCUCUGUGGGACACAUCUCACCCACAGACUCCUUCACAGGCCCCCCUGUGAUUUACAGCUUGUGGACACAGACUACUUCCUGGCACACAGUGGGACCAGAGCUUAUAAAAAGGAUGCAAAGUCUACUGUAGAGUUUCCUGUGAGCCCCAUCACAGUCACAGACAUCAAACAGUAUCUGCGCUCCAAAGACAUUCCCAUCCAUGAUGGCUACAGCUGCCUCCACAUCCAGAGCAUCUUCGUCCAGCCGUCUGCCAGAGGGGACAGCUUCUCCCUGUUCAUCGACAAAACCACCGGACAGUUUCUGUGCAAAGACACGCUGGUGGAAGGGAGCUGGGAGGAUCUCCAGGACUGCCUGGAGGUGAUGCAGAAGGACGAGCAGGACUUCCUCAGCCCGAAUGUGCUGCUGGGAUACCCGGAGACUGUGGAGGAGCAGGAGGAGAGGGAGAGGGAGCAGAGGGAGGUGCAGAGGAUCUGGUCCAGCUCUGUGCCCUUCAGUGACCUCACUGAGGACGAGGCUCAGAUGGUUAAAACCAUGUUCCAGAUCACAAAGGUCUCUAAUGCAACACUCAAGAAGUUCAGCGUGAGGCUCUUCAAGCCCACCAAGAGUCUGGUUUUCCCCUGGUUUGGUGGACCCGACUCCUCCCUGAAGGGGGUGAAGCUUCUCUCCGCUCAAAGCACAGACAAUGACAAAGUGACUUAUAAUGAAGCUACAGUGCCAAAGAGUAAUUCUUACUACAACCUGUUUGGCCUCCCCCUGGUGGGCCGCAUGGACGCAGAGGUGGUGCUCACCGGACAUGAGCUGGACACUCUGGCAGUAAGCCAGGCCACAGGACUCCCCAGUGUGGCUCUCCCACGCGGGGUCAGCUGCCUCCCACCGAUCCUGCUGCCUUACCUGGAGCAGUUCAAGUAUGUGACGCUGUGGCUUGGAGGCGACAUUCGCUCCUGGGAGGCGUCAAAGAUCUUUUCACGUAAGCUGGGUCUGAGGCGCUGCUCGCUGGUGCGGCCCGGGGAGUACCGGCCGUGUCCUGUGGAGGCGCUGGCUCUGGGGAAGAACUUCAGCCAAAUCAUCAAAUCGUCCAUCCCGGCGGCCCAUAAGUCCAUAGUGUCCUUCAAGCAGCUCAGAGAGGACGUGUACGGGGAGCUGGUGAACACAGACCAGGUGGCUGGAGUCAAGUGGACGAGGUUUCCGGAGCUCAACAGGAUCCUGAAGGGACACCGCAAAGGGGAGCUGACUGUUUUCACAGGUCCUACUGGCAGUGGGAAGACCACGUUUAUCAGCGAGCUUGCUCUGGAUCUUUGCACGCAGGGCGUCAACACGUUAUGGGGCAGCUUUGAGAUCAACAACGUGCGUCUGGCGAAGAUCAUGCUGACGCAGUUUGCCAUGCAGAGGCUGGAGGAAAACCUGGAGCAGUACGACUUCUGGGCAGACAAGUUUGAAGAGCUGCCGCUUUACUUCAUGACGUUCCACGGGCAGCAGAACAUCAAGACGGUGCUGGACACAAUGCUACAUGCUGUCUACCUGUAUGACAUCAACCACGUCAUCAUCGACAACCUGCAGUUCAUGAUGGGGCAGGAAAACCUCUCCGUAGACAAGUUUGCAGUUCAGGACCACAUCAUCGGGGUGUUCAGGAAGUUUGCCACCAACAGCAGCUGCCACGUCACUCUGAUCAUUCACCCGCGGAAAGAAGAGGAUGACCGAGAGCUGCAAACUGCGUCAAUCUUUGGUUCAGCGAAGGCCAGCCAAGAAGCCGACAACGUCCUCAUCCUGCAGGAGAAGAAGCUGGUGACGUGUCCCGGCCGCAGGUCCCUGCAGGUGACGAAGAACCGCUUCGACGGGGACGUGGGCAUCUUCCCUCUGGAUUUCCUCAAGUCUUCGCUCACUUUCGCAGCUCCCAUCAAGGGCAAGCACAGGCUGAGGAAGGUCGCACCCAAGCCUGAGAAUGAGGAGGUCGCGGAGAACGAGGUGGUGGCGAAGAAGGAGGAGGUUAAAAAAGAGAAAGCGGCCAAAACGACAAAGACGCCACGGACUGUUAAGAAUCCCACAACUGGAAAUGACAGUUAAAGGGGGGUAGAGACAGAGGGUGUUGGUAACACAAGUUUCAACUAAGCUCAACAUGAAGUAUGUUGGAGCAAUCCUCAGCAUAUAAUUGCUCUGAUUGUAGUUCACAGUGAAAUGUAUAGUUAUAAUCCAGAUGGAUCUUUCAAUCAGUAUGUGACAUCAUGAAGAUGUCUUGGUAAGCUUUUCUACGUAGGUACUACUGUACUUUAAAGGGACAGUUCACCCUGAAAUCAAAAAUACAUAUUCUUCCUCUCACCUGUAGUGCUGUUUAUCUGUCUAGAUUGUUUUGG